UUUUGAUUACAAACGAAGAUAAAGCUGAACAAGAGCUAAAAAAAUACUAGAUAUAUAUAUCACUCAAAGAAACACACAAAAACGCCUCUGUGUCAUAUAUCCACGCUAAUCAUACAUACAAUACAUCAGAAAUGAGUGAACCUAUAGACACACCAAUGACCGAAGAACCAGUGGUUGCCCAAGAAGAAGAACAAGUACAAGAAGUUGACACUGAAAAGAUCACACUCUUGCCAGGAGCCUCCGAUGACGGAACUGCUGCUUCAUUCCAAAUUAUCGACGAAGACCACACAUUAGGUAAUGCCUUACGUUACAUCAUCAUGAAGAACCCUGAAGUUGAAUUCUGUGGUUACUCCAUUCCACAUCCUUCUGAAAACAAGCUUAACAUCAGAAUCCAAACAUACGGAAACAUAACAGCUGUUGAAGCUUUGCACCAAGGUUUAGAUAACUUGACUGAACUUUGUUCAACCGUGGAAGAAAAGUUUAGCGAAAAGAUUCAAGCUGGAAACUAUAAGACAGUUGCCCCAUAAAACAAACCAUCAUUUAUAGAAAUAAACAAUUAC